AUGGCUGCAGGAGGCGCAGGGUUGGGAGUGUCCCUUUCCCAAUUUACUAAACUAAAUGAAAAGAUCAUUGCUAACGCAGAAUCUCUCUCAAGUACCAUAAAUGAUCGUCAAGACCAAGUCGACUCGCUGGCUGAGGUCACCCUUCAAAACCAUAGAGGCUUAGACUUGUUAACUGCCGAAAAGGGAGGCUUGUGUUUAUUUUUGCAGGAACGAUGCUGCUUCUACGUCAACAAAUCGGGGAUUGUCUGCAACAAGAUCAAGCAGCUCCAAGACGACCUCGCUAAGCAGAAACGAGAGAUGGCACAAAACCCCCUGUGGACUGGCCUAAAUGGACUUUUGCCCUACCUCCUCCCUCUUCCGGGCCCCCUCCUGUCUCUAUUGCUUCUCGCCCUUAAGCCAUGCAUUCUCAACCGGAUCAUAGCCUUUGUAAAACAACAGGUCGAAAACAUCAUGUCUCGACCCAUUCAGGUCCAUUAUCGCCGGCUGGAAAUGCUGGACCGAGAAAUGCUCGAUAAACCCGAGUGCCCAUAA